AUGGCCAACCGUGAAUCCACCUUGACAGAGAUAAAUGUCAUACAAACUUUAGAACAAGCUAGUAACCCGCAACAUGCGGGUUCUGAAGUUCAACGAUUGGCAGAAACACAGCUGAAAGAGUGGGAGAUCCAGAGUGGUUUCCAUUACAUUCUCCAAACCAUCUAUCUGGACCUAUCUAACCCCCUGCAAGUGAGAUGGUUAGCGGUAAUUCAAUUUAAAAACGGUAUUGAGAGGUAUUGGAGAUCCACAAGAGUGAACGCCAUAAGGAAAGAUGAAAAAGCAUCGAUCAGAGCAAGAUUGUUUGACCUUAUCGAUGAACAGAACAAUCAACUAUGCAUUCAAAACGCACAGGCAACGUCCAAAAUUGCCAGACUUGAUUUUCCCGCAGAAUGGCCUAACCUUUUUGAGCUCCUGGAAAAGCUGCUGGAGAACGAUCACAUAAGAAGAGAUGACAUUAAGGUCUACAACAUUAUGACGCAUGUCAACCAAAUAAUAAAGAUUCUGGGCACUGCGAGGAUUGGGAGAUGCAAACCUGCCAUGCAGAGCAAAGUCCCUUUAAUUUUCUCUCUCAUUGUGAGAAUAUAUUUGCAUUCCUUUGAUAAGUGGACAGCCUCAUCGUCAGCGUCGAAUUCCUCAUUCGAUCUUGCCACGUUACAGGUGUCAUAUCUUACAUUGAAGGUCUUAAGAAGAAUAGUUUGUGAGGGCUAUGAAAGACCAGAGAAGGACGAACCUGUGUGUGAGUUUGUCAGGAUUACUGUGGGGCAUUUAGAGCUACUGCUUUCUAGGCAAGAAAGCCUGGGUCAUCUUGAAGCCUAUGAAAAAUUCAUCAAAUGCUUUGGUAAAUUGUACUACACACUCGUGACUGAAUCACCAGCAACUUUCAUCCUGCUACCUUGUUCAGUUCAAAUUUUGAUUUGUUAUACCAAGCUACUAUUUGAAAAGGCACCUGUAGUUUACACAGAGAACUCGGAUGUUUCUGGUGACUUUUGGGAACACGUUGCGAUCAGAGGAUUUUUGAUACUUAAGAGAGUCUUGAAUUUUGUGAAAAAGAAGGGAGCGAUCACCUUAAAAGCUAGAAACGAUAAACAGAGUGUGGAACUGGCGGUCAGCAAAAUCAAUUCUGAUUUCUUAAAUGAAGCAUUGGUGAAGCGUUUAGUCGAUAUCCUGGUCGAUUCGUAUUUGAAGCUGAGACCCGUUGAGCUUGAAAGUUGGUUCUGUGAUCCAGAAGAGUGGAUGAAUGAACAGUUGGUGACGAGCUUUGAAUACCAAAUUAGGCCCUGUGCAGAGAAUUUUUUCCAAGAUUUAAUUGUCUCAUUUCCUGAACUCUUAGUCCCAUAUUUGUUGAACAAGAUUGAAAACGAGGCAGGCUCUUUGACAAACAGUUUGGAUGAUUUUUUAAAAAAGGAUGCCAUAUAUGCUAGUUUCCAAUUAAGUGCCCCAGCUGUGGGUGAAAUGGUCGAUUUUGAUAGACUUCUAACAACUGUAUUUUUACCUGAUGCCUCUAACAGCAAUUCCGGUGAUGAGCAAUUAUACCAAAAGGUGGUUAAAAGGAGAAUAUCCUUGAUUAUCAAUGAAUGGUCUGUCAUCAAAUGCUCAGAUGAAAGUAAAGUUCUAUGUUUUAGGUUUUUAAGUGAUCUGCUCAUGACAGAGCAAGACCAGGUUGUGCAGUUAACAGCAAUACAGUCGUUAAGAACAAUGGUUGACGAUUGGAAUUUCAACAAAACAUUAUUUGAACCAUAUCUGAAUACAAUUACAACGGUACUCCUGAGAAAAAUACUUCCUACUGUUUCUCUCACUGAGACAAGACUCUACGUGUUGAAUACUUUAACGGAUGUUAUCAUUCAAACAAAACCACUAAUUAAUAACGAUCUUCUGAUUGAGAUUCUGCAAGUUGUACCGAAACUGUGGGAAAUAUCCACCGAGAAUGCAUCAGAAUCAAUACUGUCCAAUGCUCUGUUGAGGUUGAUUCGGCACGUCGUUCUUUCCCUUGGUGAUAAAUCGUUCCUAACAUGGGAAAUUGCCUUGCCAAUUGUUGCGAUUUCAUGCAAUCCUUCAUCUUCGCAUUAUUCGUUAUUGAACGAGGACGGCUUUGAAUUGUGGAGUGCUCUUUUACAAAACUUCUCUACAAAGGAGGCGAAAUAUGAUAAUAAUUUCACCAAGCUUCUACCUUUUCUGGAACAUGCUGUCGAAACGAGAACAGAGAUUCUCCCAACAUUACUAGACAUUGUUAAGAGCUAUGCGUUGGUACUUCCCGUAGGCGACUUUCUCUCGUCAGAUACAUUUUUCAAGAUUUUUUCCCUUAUGUCUUCCCAUUUGUUGAAACUAAGAGAAGACUCUUUCCAAAUUCUUCUUGAAAUUUGGGAACUCCUGCUUCUGUCAAAUGAGUCCAACUAUGAAAGCUUACUGAUCCCAAAGUUUUACCAAUCCGGCAUACUUUUCGCGUUGUUUGAUGCUAUUUUCAAACAAGACCAACUAUCCACAUACCAGUGCGGGCAGAUCUUCCAAAUUGUGGCACGACUAAGUUAUGUCAAUCCGGACACGUUGAUCAAAACACUCUCCAAUUAUCAUCAAAACAUACCAAACUCACAGGAAAACUUGCAGCUUCCUGAAGUUGAUAGGAGAGUUGUCUUCUCAGACAUGGCAUUUGAUGAUUUGAUUCAAAGAUUUAUCUCCAUUUGGGUCGUUUGUUUCAAAGAUAUUUACGAUCCGAAAUUCAAAAAGAUUCAUAUCUUAGGGCUCUCCAGUUUACUAAGAACUAAAAUGCUAGUAGUAUUAAGCGAUUUUGAGGCAAUCUUGGCGUUGUGGAUUGAGAUGCUGGAGGAGAUCAAUGAGGCGAAUGGCGGUGACUGUGAAAAGUACCAUUUGAAUGACAUUGUCACAGAGCAAUCAGUUGCUAUUUUCCCAUUGACUUCUGAACAGUAUAGACAACAUGAGCUGUCAAAAAACACUGAUCCUGUUCAUAACAUAGGUCUGAAGGAAUUCAUUGAGCAGACAAUGAGAUUCUUGGAGAACUUUCUAGGAGCGAACGAAUAUAGUACCUUCUUAUCUAGAAUCAACCCUGCGUUGUUAGAAUCCUUGAGCUAUUUCUGUCAAUCCGUUCUUGAUACGUAUAAUGAUAUAGGAAGUCGCGAAUUUUAUCUUUUAGUUGGAUCAGUUAUAUAA